UUACUGUUACCCAGAGAACACAGUAUAGAUUUAAGUCUUUUGAAGUGCUUGUCCUUAAUGUUACACUAUCGCACACGCACACGAAAAAAUCCCUGAUGUCUCUUGCGCUAGCGACCGUGUAUAGACCACCAGGGCCCUACACCGAUUUUCUUAGAGAAUUCACAGAUUUUCUUUCUGACCUACUGGUUAGCUUUGAUAAAGCAUUAAUUGUAGGAGAUUUUAACAUUCAUGUUGACGACACAAAUGAUGCGCUAGGACUCACAUUCAUGGAUUUACUAAACUCACUUGGGCUUAAACAAAACGUCACUAGAGCAACUCACCGUCGUAAUCAUACGCUAGAUUUAAUAAUAUCACACAGAAUAGAUGUCACUGAUAUAGAUAUCAUUCCUCAAAGUGAUGAUAUCACAGACCAUUAUCUCAUAAUGUACACACUACCUGUAGAACAGGCUAACUGCGUUUCACCACAUUAUCGUCUCGGUAGAACUAUUAUUCCGACCACUAAAGACAGAUUCACAAAUAACCUGCCUGAUCUGUCUGGACUUCUUGCUGCAGCCUUAAACACAGACGAUCUAGAUGAAAUUACUAACAGCAUAGGCGCUAUAUUCACUAGCACACUAGACACUGUUGCCCCAAUCAGAUUACAGAAGGUUAGAGAUAAAACGCUUGCACCAUGGUAUAAUAGUCAUACUCACACCCUCAAGAGAGAGACCCGUAACCUCGAGCGAAAGUGGAGAAAAACUAAAUUAGAGGUUUUUAGAAUUGCAUAUAAGGAAAGUAUGCCCAGCUAUAGACAGGCUCUAAAAGCAGCCAGGGCUGAGCACCUGAGCAAACUCAUAGAAAAUAACCAGAACAAUCCCAGGUUUUUAUUUAGCACAGUGGCUAGACUAACAAAAAACCAAAAAUCUGAACACACAAUUCCAUCACAGUUCAGUAGUGACGAUUUUAUGAGAUUCUUCACUGAUAAAAUCGAAAGUAUCAGGAAUAAAAUAGGUGACGCUCAACAUAUGAGAGCAACUAGCAUCCCGGUCUCACCUAAGGUUCUAAACACACAACUACAUUGCUUUACAAGUACAGGUCAGGAAGAGUUAGUUAAACUUAUUACUACAGCUAAAUCAACAACUUGUUCACUAGACCCCAUUCCAACUAAACUACUGAAAGAAGUGUUAUAUAAAGCCGUGAGCCUCUUCUUAAUAUUAUUAACUCCUCGUUAUCUUUAGGUCACGUCCCUAAAU